AUGGGAUGGUUGCGGCCGAGACGGGCUUCGGAGGACGUCGAGAUUGAAGAUUGGGUGGGUCCGUGGAAGGGGAGAAUUCAGGAGAGAGAGAUUGCGGAGCGGGUUGUGGAUUCGGGCGUUGUGGCGACUUGCGGGGCCAGCGCGAAGGUUGUUUACGGGGGUCUUGUUGGCGGUGGCAUGUGGGUGCCGCGUCGGGGAGGGGUUUGUUGGCCUGUGAACGUGGGGGAGGUGGUGUUUUCUUCUCUUUUGUGGCGGAGUGUGAGUGAAGUGGCGGGGAGUCUUACCAGGUUGACCGCUCGCCGUCUGUGA